UUCCCGCUGGAGAUCAAACCCAUGGAUCGCUAACGAGGCUCACGCGAAGACCGUCGGAUGCAAUGAAUCGAAGAAACAACGAGCGUUAAGCAGUAUUAAUACCAGCGGCGUCCUCAUUUCAGGCUUUACACUGAGACGCGGCGGUGCAGGAGAGGCUCGGUGCUUGAUCUUUGACAGCGUCGGCAAUGGAGGCCGCGAACGACGUUAAGGGUACGGGCGGAAGAAUAGGAGGGAACAGGAAGAAGGUCGUAUCUAAGUCCGUGAAAGCCGGCCUUCAGUUUCCGGUGGCUCGCAUAGCCAGGUUCAUGAGGAGAGGUCGCUAUUCUAAGCGUUUGGGCACCGGAGCACCGAUCUACCUGGCGGCUGUCCUCGAAUAUCUCGCCGCCGAGGUGCUCGAACUGGCAGGGAACGCGGCGCGUGAUAACAAUAAGCAGAGGAUCAAUCCAAGACACGUGCUGCUUGCAGUGAGGAACGAUGAUGAGCUGGGAAAGCUUCUGCAAGAAGUAACCAUAGCUAGCGGGGGAGUGUUGCCGAAUAUCAACCCCGUCUUGCUUCCAAAGAAGCCUUCUUCUUCUUCUGCCGCUGAGGGACGAUGA